AGUAUUCCGGGGUUUGCCCUGCCUCCUCACGCACCGCGCAGGGAGCAAAAGUAUCUUGCGCUUUUCUUUUUUCUUUUUUUUCUCCUUUCCAUGAAAGCUUUUCACCGUCAGUCAGAGAUCUGGGCUUAAAGGAAGAGGAUCUGACGGGCCCAGUUUGACUCAGAGAUAAAUCCAUAUAUAUUUCCACACAUGGCGCUUCAGUAAAAAAGAUAAAGAAAAAAAAAAAACACAUUGAGGAUUUUGGAGGGGAUAUAACUUUUUAAAUAAAGCCGCCCGUUUUUCUGCAGCAGCUGCGGGCGCUCACCAUGGAGAUGGAAAGAUGGACCAUCAGGUGGAAAACGAAAAGGCGUCUAUUAGAUUCAACGCUAGCCGCGGUGGGCACGUUAAUCCUAAUUCUACAAAGUGUCAGAGCAGCUGAACCUGUCGAUGUACUAAAAGCGCUAGACUUCCAGAGUUCUCCAGAAGGAGUCCGGAAAACACCAGGUUUCUGCACAGUUCGGAGAGGAUCCAAGCCCGACGUAGCAUAUAGAGUGACAAAAAAUGCUCAGAUCAGUGCCCCAACCAAACAGCUCUUCCCAGGAGGAGUUUUCCCUGAAGAUUUCUCCAUUCUGUUCACUAUCAAGCCCAAGGCUAGACUCCAGUCUUUCCUUCUAUCUAUAUACAACAAACAAGGCCUCCAGCAGCUGGGAGUGGAGGUGGGCCGAGCCCCCGUCUUCCUAUAUGAGGACCAACAUGGCAAGCCCACCCCAGAGGAAUACCCUUUGUUCCGCUCCAUCAACCUUGCUGAUGGCAAAUGGCACAGAGUCGCUAUCAGCGUUGAGAAGAACAGCAUUACCAUCUUUGUGGACUGUAAGAAGAAGUUGACCAAACCACUUAAAAGAAGUGACCAAGCUGUGAUCGACACUGAAGGCAUUACAGUCUUUGGUACCAGAAUCUUGGAUGACGAAGUCUUCGAGGGUGACAUUCAGCAGCUUUUGAUAUUGUCAGAUCCCAGAGCCGCCUAUGACUACUGUGAACACUACAGCCCUGACUGUGGAAAACCCAGCCACCAUGACACUCCACAGGCCCAGGAACCAGAGGAAGAGUAUCCGGUCUAUGACUACGGUGAAUUAUAUGAAUACGGUGAAGGGGAGGUAACCACUGAUGCUCCGCCUACACCAGGAGCAAAGACUGAGACAAAAGCUGGUGGAGAAUAUUACACUAACGAGUAUGACUACACCGAGGUGUAUGGGAGUAAGCCUGAUCCUCCGACAGAGACCUCCAGACAAGGCGAGACUUACGAUGCUGAAAUAGGGGAGGAUUAUGUCACUGGUGUGGAUGAGGUUGGAGUGGACCCCACUGUUGCUGUGGAAAGUGCUGUGGACCCAGUGGACCCACCAGUGAAGGUGCAACCUGAAACGGAUGUGAAAGAGUUUAAGGAAUACGACAUGAAGGAAUAUGAUACCAAAGAGUUUGUGGAGAAACCCUACGACUAUGGCACUUAUGUGGAUUACGACGAUUAUGGUACCACCAAUGCAAAGCCGACCCCCGAAGUGUAUGAGGAUGAGAUCGGUCCUGGUGUUCCAGCAGAGACAGAUAUCAGCGUGAGUGGGGGACACAAUUACUUGGGACAAAAAGGAGAGAAGGGUGAACCUGCAGUCAUUGAACCUGGGAUGCUUUUAGAAGGACCCCAAGGAGCCCCUGGCCCAGCAGGUGUUCCUGGUAACCCAGGAUUGCAAGGACCCCUAGGUACUCCAGGAGAUCCUGGUGAGAGGGGUCCUCCUGGCCGUCCUGGUAUUCCAGGUUCAGAUGGUGUCCCUGGCCCUCCAGGUACCAUUCUGAUGCUACCAUUCCGUGCGGGUGGUGAGGCACAUAAGGGACCUGUGAUAACAGCCCAAGAAGCUCAGGCGCAGGCCAUCCUGUCUCAGGCUAGACUAACAAUGAGAGGCCCCCCAGGGCCUGUGGGGUUGGCAGGAAGAUCUGGACUUUUGGGACCCCCUGGGGCUGCUGGACUCAAAGGUGACAGCGGUGACUCUGGACCACAGGGACCAAGAGGUCUUCAGGGUCCAACUGGUGUACCAGGGAAGGCAGGAAAAAGGGGUCGGAAUGGAGCUGACGGUGCACGAGGAAUGCCAGGAGAGGCAGGCGCCAAGGGUGACAGAGGUUUUGAUGGCCUCCCCGGUCUUCCUGGAGAGAAAGGACACAGGGGAGAACACGGCCCCAGUGGUCCUCCAGGAUCUCCAGGAGAUGACGGGCCAAGAGGCGAAGACGGCCAUGUUGGACAGAGAGGAGUGGCUGGAGAGAGUGGCCCCAGAGGUUUGCUUGGCCCCAGAGGGUCCCCAGGUCCUCCAGGACAACCUGGUCUUUCUGGACUGGAUGGUCAAGCUGGUCCCAAAGGAAACAUGGGUCCGCAAGGAGAGCCAGGUCCUCCUGGGCAACAAGGCCUGCCUGGUCCUCAUGGUCUCAUUGGUCCUCAAGGUCCAAUUGGGCCUCCGGGUGAAAAAGGGCCUCAAGGGAAGCAAGGUCUGGCUGGACUUGGCGGUACUGAUGGCCCUCCUGGUCACCCUGGAAAAGAAGGACCUCCUGGAGAGAAAGGAUCCACGGGUUUUCCUGGUCCAAUAGGAUCUAUCGGCUAUCCUGGUCCCCGUGGUGUAAAAGGCGCUGAGGGAGUUCGAGGCGUCAGAGGAGACAAAGGAGAAAAGGGAGAGGAUGGAUUCCCUGGCUUCAAAGGGGACAUGGGCAUCAAGGGGGACAAGGGUGAGGGUGGUGUACUAGGACCCAGAGGAGAAGAUGGCCCUGAAGGGCCAAAGGGCAAAUCAGGACCAGGUGGAGAGGCUGGACCCAUGGGUUUAGCAGGAGAGAAGGGAAAACUUGGAGUCCCUGGAUUGCCUGGGUACCCUGGAAGACAAGGCCCAAAGGGCUCGAAUGGCUUCAAUGGAUUCCCCGGAGCAAACGGUGAAAAGGGAGCAAGGGGAAUUGCUGGGAAAUCAGGCCCUCGAGGGCAGCGUGGACCAACAGGUCCACGUGGGGGACGUGGAGCAAGAGGACCGACAGGAAAGCCAGGUGCAAAGGGCACCUCAGGCAGCGAUGGACCUCCAGGCCCACCUGGAGAGCGGGGACCUCAAGGACCUCAGGGACCUGUCGGUUUACCCGGACCCAAAGGACCUAAUGGCCCAGCAGGGAAAGACGGGCUGCCAGGACAUCCUGGACAGAGGGGGGAAACGGGUUUCCAAGGAAAGACUGGACCUCCGGGACCUGGAGGGGUGGUUGGACCUCAGGGACCAACUGGAGAGACAGGACCAAGUGGAGAGCGAGGACACCCAGGGACCCCUGGUCCACCCGGAGAGCAAGGUCUACCUGGAGCUGCAGGAAAAGAAGGAGGAAAGGGUGAUCCGGGUCCUUCGGGUCAUUCUGGCAAGGUGGGACCACCUGGAUUAAAAGGUUUCCAAGGGGCAAGAGGUCUCCCAGGAGCCAUGGGUCCAGGUGGCUUAAAGGGAGGAGAAGGACCUCAGGGUCCCCCCGGCCCCAUCGGUUCCCCUGGUGAGAGAGGCCCUGCUGGUCCCGGAGGUCCUAUUGGUCAGACAGGACGCAACGGCCCACAAGGACCACCAGGCCCUGCCGGAGAAAAAGGAUCCCCUGGAGAGAAAGGUCCCAUGGGUCCAGCUGGCCGUGACGGCAUUCAAGGUCCAGUAGGUCUUCCUGGUCCAGCUGGUCCUCAGGGUCCCCCAGGAGAAGACGGUGAUAAGGGAGAAGUGGGCGGUCCUGGACAGAAGGGAAGCAAAGGAGACAAGGGUGAACGGGGUCCACCUGGCCCAACAGGUCUCCAGGGCGUGGUUGGAGCUCCCGGUCCAGCUGGCAGUGAUGGUGAGUCUGGGCCAAGAGGACAGCAGGGCAUGUUUGGCCAGAAAGGAGAUGAAGGUCCCAGAGGAUUUCCAGGGCUGCCAGGACCCAUUGGACUGCAGGGUUUGCCUGGCCCUCCUGGUGAGAAGGGAGAAAAUGGAGAUGUCGGACCAAUGGGUCCACCCGGUCCUCCAGGUCCCAGAGGUCCACAGGGCCCCAGUGGAGCUGAUGGUGCACAAGGUCCCCCUGGAGGUAUUGGUGCAAUGGGCGGUGUUGGUGAGAAGGGAGAAAAUGGUGAAGCCGGUAACCCAGGACCACCUGGAGAGCCUGGUACUCUAGGUCUCCGAGGAGAGAUUGGUGAGAAGGGAGAAACCGGGCCACCCGGUGCUGCCGGACCCCCUGGCGGCAGAGGCCCCCCUGGAGACGAUGGUCCCAAGGGAAACCCUGGACCCGUCGGCUUCCCAGGAGACCCAGGUCCCCCUGGUGAGCCUGGUGCUGGGGGUCUUGAUGGUUUAACUGGUGAUAAAGGUGAUGAUGGUGAACCUGGACAACCGGGUCCUCCAGGCCCAUCUGGUGAAGCUGGAGUACCAGGGCCUCCUGGCAAAAGGGGACCUCUCGGAUCUCAAGGUCAGGAGGGAAGGCAAGGAGAAAAGGGAUCUAAGGGAGAAGCUGGAGCAGAGGGACCUGUCGGGAAAACAGGACCUGUGGGAUCUCAGGGCCCCCCUGGAAAACCUGGUGCUGAGGGUCUGCGUGGAAUUCCUGGCCCCGUUGGUGAGCAAGGACUGCCUGGUGCAUCUGGUCAAGAUGGCCCUCCAGGUCCUAUUGGACCGCCUGGACUUCCUGGCAUGAAAGGUGACUCUGGAUCCAAAGGAGAAAAGGGUCAUCCUGGUCUAAUUGGUCUGAUUGGGCCCCCGGGUGAACCCGGAGAGAAGGGAGACAGAGGUCUACCCGGACCUCAGGGUGCUGGAGGUGGCAAGGGAGAACCUGGUAUUGGUGGUGCAUAUGGCCCACUCGGGCCUCCUGGUCCUCCAGGACUUCCUGGUGCUCAAGGACAGAAAGGUUCUAAGGGAUCACUCGGUUCAACUGGUCAGAAGGGAGAUCCUGGACUCUUAGGGCCACCUGGACCACCUGGUCCGCCUGGUGAUAUGAUCCAGCCUCUGCCCAUUCAGCAGUCUAGCAAAAGGAGCAGGCGUCAGGCUGAAACUCAAGGUGAUGAGGCUUUGGCGGACUACGGCAUGGACGGGCCAGGCAUGGAGGGAAUGGACGACGUCUUCGGAUCCCUCAACAACCUCAAGCAGGAUAUCGAGCGCAUGAAGUUCCCCAUGGGCACCCAGGACAAUCCUGCCAGGACCUGCAAUGACCUGCACCUCAGCCAACCUGAUUUCCCCAAUGGUGAAUACUGGAUUGAUCCGAACCAGGGCUGCAUCGGAGACGCCAUCAAAGUGUUCUGUAACUUCACAGCAGGUGGAGAAACAUGCAUUUACCCAGACAAGAAAUCAACAGGAGUUAGAAUAUCCAACUGGCCUAAGGAGUCACCCGGUUCAUGGUUUAGUGAAUUCAAGCGUGGCAAAAUUGUGAGUCCAGAAGACACUGAUAUAAGUCUGAGUAUGAUUUUUGACGUUUGCUUCAUGAAUUUCUUAAUUUCCCUAAUUUUGUCUUCCUCCAACUAUUCUCAGCUGAACUAUGUGGACGGUGGUGACAACAGCAUCAACGCUGUGCAGAUGACCUUCCUGAAGCUGCUGAGCUCCUCAGCGCGGCAGAACUUCACCUACAUUUGCCAUCAGUCGGUGGCCUGGUACGACUCCAAGGCCGACAACUACGACAGAGCGCUGCGCUUCCUGGGCUCCAACGAUGAGGAAAUGUCUUAUGACAAUAAUCCCUUCAUCAAGUCGCUGAUGGAUGGCUGCUCGAUGAAGCAGGGCUAUUCAAGGACAGUGUUGGAAAUUAACACACCUCGCAUCGACCAGUUACCCAUCAUUGACGUAAUGCUGAAUGACUUUGGGGAAUCCAACCAGAGGUUCGGCUUCGAGGUCGGCUCUGUGUGUUUCCUCGGCUAGACACGCCCGUCUUCCCCCCCCCGCUGAAGGACAGGGUCAGAGAGUCAACAGUAACACCCACAUGAAGAGAGCCUCUCAGCCACCACCUAUUGUCUCCUAUGAAGUAAAAUCCCAUGUUCCUUUAUUGCAAAGAAGAUCCAACAAGCUGGGAGAAAGAGAAAAGCACGCUUUGACCCUUCCUUUAAAAGCGCUGAUCAGGGGAAUCUCCUCCUUGCCCUCGUAGGGCCAGAAUCACGUGACUUUAACUUGUAAUGAGAGUGACAUCAUGAAAAGGACUUUUGAUGCCGUGGUGGACAGUGGCAUACUUUCAGCAUUAAAGAGAGGAUCCACUCGCCCUAAACCUUGCCCUCUCCCCUCCCUAGCCCUCUCGUCUUCUGUUCCUCUCUGCAUGCUCCAAGUGAUGCUCUGAAUUAAACCACAGAGGUGCUUUUGUGCAGAAUCGCAAAACACUUAAGGUGCUACAAAUAGUGCAUUUGAUAAAACUGUAAUUAAUAAUAUUUGAAUUUUGUACAUUACUGUUCCUCUCUGAAUCCACUCUUAACAACUUGCAUGUGCUUCUUCGGUUUUAAAGAAAUAUUUGGUCAACUUUGUUAGAAUAAAUUUUAUGAGGAUAUUUAAAGUUUCUUAGAAUCUGUCUGAAAACAUCUAUGACAUACAUCUGACUAAAGCUUCAAUUUGUAAGUAUGAAUCAGUCCUCUUGUAAAUAUUAUGAUUCUUAUCCUCUUUCAUGAGCUUAGAAAAAAACUGGAACUUAACAUCUAACCAAAAAAAGUCAGUUAAUGUACCCAGUAGGAAAGUAAGCCAUAAUAAAAUGAGGUUAUAAUAUAAAUAUUCUAAGAAAGGGUUUAUUCUUCCAGCUGUUAUACCUCAGUUUCCUUAAAAAAUCUGAACGUUACACACAGUCAAGUUUACAUUUUCUGUGGUUUAUAACUAAUAAAACUAAUAUUUUUGUGUGGGAAAGGUAUGUCUAGCUGUUUUCAUUCAAUCCCAAAGAUGCCUUGUGGAUAUUUUCUUUGUAACAGUGAACAAAAUGUUUUCAUGUGCCUUAAAUUGUUCAUUUAAGAAAUAUAUUAAAAUUGGGCUCUGAAAAACAUUGGGUUGAACGUUUGUGUGGUUGGCUGUUUGACUACAGAAACAAGUAAUGUUCGCUUUUUGUGAUUCUGUGCCACAAGACUAAUAUCUCCAUCCUUUAUCCCAAUAGACAAAGAAAGAUAAGUGACUCUUUGUGUUUGGGUUCAUUUUACUGACUCUUCCAGCUUUUUCCUUUUUUUUUUACCUCUCUCUCUGACUCAGAUUUGACCUCGAUCAAGAUCUGUUUGCAUCGCCACUUUCUUGGUUUAAAAGCUCUGGCAACAAAUACUUCAGAGCCACUUUCUAAAAACCUGUGUAAUAACAGUAUGUCUUCAACCUAUGUACAACUGCAAUAAAUGUUUGGUGCUUUGUGCGCAUUG